CCGUAAUUGACAAAUUUUGUAACUUUUUAUGAACCUUGGUUUAUAGAAGAGGGAUUGACUCUUGAUUCCUUUGUUUUGCUUAAUGAAGAAGAUGUUAGAGAACUGGGUUUAAAGAUGGGUGAGCGAAAGUUUUUGAUGUCUUGGAUAAAAUCAAGUGUAAACUCACAAUCUUCAACAGAAUGUUCAUCAAUGAUGGAUUCAAUAUCAGUAUCAACUCCAGCUGCAAAAAUGCUACUACUACCGGCCCAUAAUGUAGUAAAUGUAGAGUCACAGGUUUAUGCACUUGAGGAAAUAUUAUGUAACUAUACAAAGGGAGAAUCUAAUAUAGUUGAAAAGCUAAAACAAGGCAUCUACUACACAAGAUCAAAACGUGUUUUAAUGAUUAAAGUCCUUGGGAAAUAUCUGAUGAAAAAUUGUUUAAUUCAAAAUGAUCCUAGUUCAUAAGAAAUGACAAAUUUGGCAAAGAGUAUUGUCAUGGAAUUUCCAGUUCUUUUUUCCAAAACCACUCUAAAUGGAUAUGAAGAGAUCUACUGUGCAAAGGGUGCCACUGGUUAUCUUGUCCAAUAUGUGCGGCAAAAACGUCACAGAGACCCAUUUAUUAAAAAGCAUUGGACUUGGCGAAAAAAUAGUUUUUUUUUGUUUUUUUUAACAGAAAUCUCAGCUACUUUUUUAUUACCAAGAUAUGUAUGUAUGAUUUUUAAAAAUUUUUGUAGAGUCAGGAUUAGUAAUCCUUUACUAAACAUUGAAGAUGAUGAGCGUCGACUUUAAGAAAGUAGGCCAACGGUAAUAAACCUAUCUGAGUUAGUGCAGCUCAUGCACAACACUAAAGAGAAUAGACGAUCUUGGAUCAAAACUUGCAAUUCUGAUGCCACUAGUAUUUUAAACAGAUUUCUUCUUUUAUUUGAUGUAAACGAGUUGGUAUGCUUUUGUUUUUUCAAUAAGUCCAUAAAUAAAAAAUAUUUUUAAAAAUAUAAUAAAAAAGUAAAUAUAUUAUCAUAUGCAACUUAGUGAAACAAAAUAAAAAUUAUCCUAUAAACAUAUAUUCUACGAAAUAAUUGUCAGGUUAUCCUGAUAUUGUUAGAGUUUAAUAUAAAUAU